UCAAAUGUUGCGGCAGCUGACGGGAGCUGUCAAAACAGUCACACACGCACGGUUGAAGCCAUGAGAACAAAUGAUUUUGAUUCUUCGUCAGAUGAAGACGACGUCAGAGAAGAAGACCUCACGCCGUUCCACAUUUCAUGGCUUCCUCUCUCGGUUGUGGGGAGUUCUCAGUUUUUAGGGAUUUGUCCACUUCCAGGUUGCAAGUACAAAGAUAUACGCAGAAGUUUGCAGAGAGAUAUUGAGGAGCUCCAGUCUCAGGGCGUGCAGGACGUGUUUGUGUUUUGCUCCAGAGCAGAGUUGUGUAAAUACCGCGUCCCGUCGCUGCUGGAGCUCUACGUCCAGAGCGGCUUCAGGCUCCACCACCGGCCCUUCACCGACGGAGACGCCCCCGACCUCCAGCUCUGCUGCAGCAUCCUGGAAGAGCUCAGACACAGCCUGGACCAAAACCGCCGCACCGUCAUCCAUUGUUAUGGAGGACUUGGUCGCUCUGGAUUGAUCGCCGCGUGUCUCCUGCUGCAGUUGUCUCUCACCAUGAGCCCGAACAAAGCCAUCGAGAUUCUGAGGGAGCACAGAGGAGGCGGCGCCAUCCAGACCGUCAAACAAUAUAAUUUCCUUCACGAGUUCCGGGAGAAGUUUGUGUUGUACCAGGCGUCCAGGGAGGAGUCGUCAGAGAGAAGCGUGUCGCGGUGAUCUCACAUCUUAAAAACAAAAUCAUCAAAUCUUAAAAUCAAGUUUGGAUCUUUUCUGAUUCUGGGAGAUCCGUGUGUCGUUCGUUCAUUCGUUUUUCAAUAUAAAACCAAAAAUAAGAAAAUGAAAAAAAUCACUGUUUCCUUUUCCUGUUUCCGGGACUUAAACUACGAUGCCGGACUGAACCAGGACUGAACCAGGACUGAACCAGGACUGAACCAGGACUGAACCAGGACUGAACCAGGACUGAACCAGGACUGAACCGUUUUCAGUCCUGAUCUGGUCCCAGUUUCAAUCACGGCCUGAUCCUGGUCAGGUCCCAGUUACAGUCCCGGUCUCAGUCCUGGUCAGGUUCCGGUCUGGUUGGACCUGUUUUAGUCCUGUUUUUAGUCCUGGUUUAGUUCUGGUUCAGUCUUGGUUUAGGCAUCACAGUUUGUCACGUAAACGGGAAACGUCCGUUAUCCGUUUUUUCCAUUUUUCAUUUAAACACAAAAUUGGAAACUGAAAAAUUAAUAAUUGUUUUUUCAUUUUGGUUUUGGAGACAAAUAAUGAAGAAAAUUGUUUUUUCUUUUUGGUUUUCUUUUGAAAAACGAAUGAACGAACGACACACGGAUUGUGGGUGACAGUUAUAAUAAUAAUAACAGCAGCCGUAGUAUUCUGUGUUUCUGCUUCUGCACUUUAAGAUACUUUAAUAUAUGGAUUUUUAUGUGAAAAAAUUAAAGGAAUGGGUGAGGAAA